AUGUUAUUUAAAAUAUUUGUUUUUGUAACUAUUGUGAGUUAUAUAUUCUUUUCAGCGAAUUGCAUAAAAAUCGAAAAAAAAAAAAAAAACUUUUUUAUAACUCCAUGGAAAAUAGGAAAAAUAAAAUUCCCAAGGAUAAAAGUAGAUAAAAGAGGAACUAUCAUUCUUAGAAUUAAUAACAAUAAUAAAAGAAAUGGUAGUGAAACUAGUUAUUGGAAAUAUAGAAGGAAUGAAGUUAAAUGCUUUCGAAACAAAUCAUAUGAAGGGACUAAAUAUAUAUUUAACAAAAUAUUUAAUGACAAUAUAAAACAAAAUGGAGAUAAAGCAAGCGAAUUAUUAUUUAGAGCAAACUAUAUUAAAGAAAUAAAUGGACUAUAUAAUAUGCUGCCUUUAGGAUUAAGGGUAAUAAAUAAAAUUAAAGAUUUUAUAAAUAAUUAUUUAGAAAAAAUAAAUUCACAUUCAGUAUUUCUAAGUAUAUUACAACCAAAAAGAUUGUGGAAUAUUUCAGAUAGAUCUAAAUUAUAUAGUGACGAAUUUUUGUAUGUUUAUAAACAAAAACAACAAAAAGCUGACACAAAUUUAGGGGAAACGAUAAAAAAGAAAUUUGAAGAAGAUGGUAAUAUAUUAAGUCCAACAUGUGAAGAAACUGCAUUAACUCUGAUUAAUGAAGUAUAUAAUUUAAAUGCAACCGAAAAACAUUUCCCUUUGUUAAUACAUCAAUAUAAUUAUAAGUUUCGAAAUGAAAAAAGAUUAGAAAAAAGUUUAUUUAAAAGUAAAGAAUUUUUAAUGAAAGAUGGAUAUUCUUUUCAUACAAAUGAAAAAUGUAUGAAUGAAAUAUAUGAAAUAUACAAAGAAUGUUAUAAUGAUAUAUUUAAUAAAUUAGGAUUAAAAUAUAAUAUUAUUAAAAAACGGAAAAAAGAUAAAAUGAAUGCACUAGAAAGCCAUGAAUAUCAAAUUUUAUGCAGAGAUGGAAAAUUUAAAGAAGGUGCCCAUAUAUUUAAAUUAGGUGAUUAUUAUUCAAAAAAAUUAAAUAUAAACUUUUUAAAUAAAAAAAAUGAAAAAAAAAAUAUUUAUAUGGGAUCAUAUGGUAUUGGAAUAAAUAGACUUCUUUAUUUUUUAAUUGACAAUUUUUAUGAUGAAAAUGGAAUAAAACUUCCAAGUCAAGUUGCACCAUUUUCUAUUUACUUAAUACAAACAAAUCAAAAAAGUAAAUAUUCUUCUGAAAAAGUUAAUAAAAUAGCAAAUACACUAAGAAAUGAAAUAAAUGAAAAAACAAAUGAUAAUAAAACACUUUAUAAUUCGUUGAAUAGUAAUGAUAUGGAAUAUAUUUUAACAAUUUGGUUAUAUACUAUACUUAAAGCAAAUAAUAUUGAUACCUAUUAUGAUAAUACCGAUUUACAUUUAUCAAGAAAGUUAAAAAAUUGUGAUUUGAUUGGAGCUUCAAAUAGAGUUAUAAUAAAUUUAAAAAGUGACGAAAAAAAAAAAAUUAAAUUACCUCCAGAUUUUUAUAGUUAUUUAGAUGACAGUAAUAAUAAUAAACAUAAUAUAUUUCAUAAUAAAUUAUAUCAAACUUUUAAAAAUAUACGGAUAGAAUAUAAAAAUAGAUUUUCUAAUAAAACCAAAAAUAUUACAAUUCACGAAUUACUUAAUUAUUUUCAUUUAAUAUGA